UAUAAAAUAUAUAUUUUAUGUAUAACAAUAUUGAAUGUAUUGUUUAGAGCCGGAAUUAUUUUUACACUGCUCGGUUUCCGCCCGACGGAAAUCAGUGACGGACGUUUGCGGUCACAUUGAUAUCGACGUGAGUUUAAAUUAUUCGAAGUGAUGUUCUGCAAGAAAUCUGUAGGUCUGAGCUUUUUAUUUAUGAAGUCCAGAUUAAAAUGGCCGGUGCAUGUGAUAAAAUAUCAGACAAAUCAAUGUCAGUGUGCGGCGAUGAAACGUUCACACAGCAGCUGGACGGGACAUAAACAUCACACGCACCCUGAGAGCAGAACAAGAGGGGUCCGUCUUGUCUCACACAGCACUCUGGACCCGGCUGAGGUCAGGAAAUUCCAGGUCCUGGCCAAUAAAUGGUGGGACAUUCAGGGUGAAUUCGCACCUCUCCAUUCCAUGAAUGAGCUACGAGUUCCCUUCAUCCGUGAUAAUCUGCUGACGGUGCACGGUGGAGGUGAGAUGGGUCGCCCGCUGACUGGGCUCAGGAUACUCGAUGUGGGCUGUGGUGGCGGUCUUCUCACUGAGCCCUUAGGGCGGAUGGGUGCUGAGGUGUUGGGUGUAGACCCGGUGGAGGUAAGCGUGCGGACGGCAGAGCUGCACUCGUCCCUCGAUCCUGCGCUCAGGGAACGCGUUCGGUAUCGUGCGUGCACAUUGGAAGAUCUUACCGAGGAGGAGGAGAACGAGGAAGCAUUCGAUGCGAUCGUGGCCUCGGAAGUGGUCGAACACCUGGCGGAUCUCGACACCUUUGUUCACUGCUGCUACCGCAUACUGAAGCCAGGUGGCUCCGUUUUCAUCACCACUAUCAGCCGCACUCAACUGUCCUACAUGUUGGGAAUCGUAAUGGCUGAGCAGGUUCUGCGUAUCGUCCCGAGAGGGACACACGAGUGGGACAAGUUCAUCACUCCAGUGGAGCUGGAGACCCUGCUGGAGUCGUCCGGUAUGAUCGUUCAGUCGGUCCGAGGAAUGCUUUAUAACCCUCUCACGAGAUGUUGGAGUUGGCAGCAGAGCACGUCUGUGAAUUACGCGCUGCACGCCAUCAAACAGAAGGAGGAGCCGCCACAUCAAGCCGCUGCUGAGGAUUAGACUUUUAUUUAAAUCAAUACGAGGUUCUGAGUGGGGUAUACAAAAUAAUACAAAAUAAAGUAUGAUGUAAUAUAAGUCCUAUGAUGUAUACAAGGUUACAAAAAUACACACAAAAAAUGCACUUAUACUGAGACUAAUCGAAGGUUCGGCUCAGGGAUUUUAUUUGGGUGUAAAAUAUGUAUAAUAUUGAAAUGAGACAACUGAAUUAAACGCACAUUAAAUAAACAUAGAAUUACGUGGUUUCAUUGUUUUACAGUUCUGAUUCUUAUGCUUAUAUUAAAUCAUUGGGGUUUUGUUUUUAAAGAUCUUUUCUGUACACUAUACCCCUUUGGUCUAUAUUGAAUGAAUGCUAACCUGAUAAAAGGGUUUAUUUUAUUAUAAGUCUGAGAACCUCAACAAUGGCUUGAGUUAAAGCGUUAUUCGUUCUAUACUGGAUGCUCUGUGGUUAAUAAUAUUGUCUGUGAUAAAAAAAAAAAAAAAAAAAAAGUAUUUCUGUG